AUGAUGCUAUCGUGGAAAAUGGCUGCCUGUUUGGCCGCCGGAAACACGGUCGUUCACAAACCGGCUCAGGUGACACCACUUACCGCGUUGAAGUUCGCCGAACUAUCAGUUCUGGCCGGAAUCCCUCCCGGAGUAAUUAACAUUGUAACUGGAUCGGGAGGAGAAGUCGGACAGAUCCUUUCGGAUCACCCAGACGUGCGAAAAAUCGGAUUCACUGGAUCAACCGAAAUCGGCGCUCAAGUUAUGGCCAGCUGCGCCAAAUCAAACGUCAAAAAAGUCUCUUUGGAGCUGGGAGGCAAGUCGCCAUUAAUCGUUUUCGCCGACGCAGACCUUGACAAAGCUAUCAAGCAGACAUGCAAUGCGGUGUUCUUCAACAAGGGUGAGAACUGUAUCGCAGCUGGAAGAAUUUUCGUUGCCAACAGCAUUCAUGACGAUUUCAUGGAGAAGUUGGUGGAAGAAACGAAGAAGUAUGUCAUCGGUGAUCCACUCGACAGAUCCACCAAUCAUGGACCACAAAAUCACAAAGCUCAUUUGGACAAGCUCAUCGAAUACGUUCAGAAGUCAGUUGCGGGUGGAGCAAAGGUAAGCGGCUUUAGACCUUUGCUGGCGUGUAACGCGCUAAAACGACCGGGUCUCUUUUUCCCACCGACAAUACUCGCUGAAGUUGAGGACGACAACUUCGCCGCCAUAGAAGAGUCAUUCGGUCCAAUU